ACGCCCUCAACACCAUGGUGGUAAGUUUGAAACGUCGAUGUAGUAAUUAUGAAGCAUUGUAUCAAUGCAAAUGUGUACCGCUAAUGGGUUGUUAUGUCAUCCAUUUUGCAGGUUUGCGACUCGGACAUGAAAAUCCUGUCCAUUGACCCGCGUUUCGCGGGCUCAUGCCACGACGGGCACGUGUGGCGGAAUUCUGGGCUCCGCAGACGCUUCAUGUCCGGUCGCAUUGUUGUGCGGGACGGAGAGUUCCUGCUCGGCGACAGUGCUUACCCCCUUGAGCCGUGGCUUCUAACGCCGGUUCCUGGGCACCCGGAUGAGGACACACCCGAGGGUGUGUACAACAAGGAGCACGCGGCCCUGCGGUCAACAGUGGAGCGCUGCAUCGCCUCCUCAAAAGCCGGUUCCGCUGCCUGCAGCGCUAUCGGGCCCUCCAUUACGGCCCCAGGAAAGCAGGGACGAUUGUGGCAGCAUUUGCUUCACUGCCAAUCUCUGCUUGGAAGAGCCUGA